GCGGGCUUCCUGUGGUUUCUGGGCGCUGUUUGGUCCGCCGAACUGGUGCACAGUUUGUUUGAUUUUAAACAGUAAUGACAAACUUAAGUGUCUGCGAAGUUACUGUAGGGACUUAACUAAGCUUUAAAACUAAUCGACGCAAGUUUAUGAAGGCAAAACUCGAGUUGGAUUGGAAACGCGGUCUCUCGGCCCCCCUCUGGAGUACUGGAACAUUACAGAUGGUGUUCACCUGAAGUCUAGCCACAUUAGGCUGUCAUCCCUCUCCAUUCAAAAACAUGGCAGACGGUUUCUACAAGUUGGAGGAUGAAGCCUUCCCCAGUUUCCUCUACAAGUCACUGGACAGCACCAGUGGCCGCGCCACGCUGGGGAAUGUAACAUUGGGUUCAGGCCCAGGACUUCCAGUCGCUGCCUCUACAGUGGCUAAAAUUAGACCCGGGUCUGACAACAGAGGAGAUUCUGUUGAAGCAUCAUACCUCGAAGGGAAAGGGAUGCCGAUGGCCAAUUCACAGUCGUCUCUUGGUGAAAAGGCCAAGUUUUCCCUCGGCUUCACAGAUGACUUGGACAAUGCAGAUGACUUUAUUGCAGCCCAUCGUCUGUCAGACAUGCUGGUGAAGAUUAAUCUGAAUGAAAGUCCAACGAGAAACCAAGGGUCCAUGGUGGGGCUUCCUACCAAACAGACAGGCUCAGUCCAUGGUCGGCCCACAGAACUUGGAACAGAGCUGUCCACUGGACUUCUGACAUUUGCACAGUUUGGACAUAAGGAUAUUACAGAUGCAAAGGUCCAGUCUUUACCAACUACAGCUGAGGAGGACAAUGUGCAGAGCGAGGGAGUGGAUAGUGACCAUUUCAGCGGCAGUAACUCAAGCUUCUUGGCAAAUGAGAAGCUCAUGUCUGUGGACAGCAUGAACAGUGAUAUCACAGAUGAUGACCUUGAUUCAAACAACCUGCCUGAUGAUAAGCUGGAGCUGUAUUUCAAUAAGCUGGUCCCUCCUGCAAUGCAGAGAGGAAGAGUGGAGGGCCAGGAGAUUCCAGGCACAGGACUAUCAGGUGGUGUUGAUGACUCAUCAAACCCAAGUUCUACAGAACCAGAACAAUAUAGACACCAAUUCCUUGAUGAUUACAGUCAGGAGGACUUCCAGAUGCCUAAUGUCCGUCUGGCUGCUACUGGUAUGGACUCCUGUCCUGCCAGUGACGAGGACACUGAGGAUGAACUGGAGUCUGCCAGAAGGACCAGCAAUGCAACCAGGACACGACUGCUGCCAAGCACCUCCAGACAACUGGUUGGAGAGAGUCAUCGUCCCAGUUUCAGGCCAGGCUUAGAGGGAGGCAGUUCUGAUGAUGAGGCUUCCAGUGGUCGCGGUGGUUCAUCUCUGUCUGGUAUUGAAUACAGACGAUCUGCAGAGGGACAAGUCAUCAACCCUCCAGUCACAGGUGAUGGAGGAGGUGGGGAUGGGAGUAGUGGUAGUGAGGAAAGCGGAAAUGACGGUGGAGUUUUAACCAUCCCUCCCCCAAUGGCUAACGUCCAAACAACCUAUGAUGUCCUUCGUGGGCUGGGGAUUGUUGGUAGCAGUGCAGUUGGGGAAUAUGAGGAUGGCGAUCUGAAUACUGAGAUGGGUGACCGUUUGGGUCCUGUAGGAACAGGAGAGACCAGCUCCUCCCUGGGAGCAUCAGGGGGACCACAGAGGCUCUCUACCAGUAACUGGAGCAUGGUCCUGGACAGACAGGAGGCACUGGAUGCCAUGGAGAACACAGAGUCUGGACCAACUGUUGACAGGCUGUUAGGCUCCAUCUACCUGAAAAGUGGAGCUGGACUCAGGUGGCCUCAGAACUCAGCAAACUUGACUGCCUCCCACAUUCAAGGCACCCAGGGAAGCUUCCACCUCUCCCAGGUUUUGCUCCCAGAAUGUGAUGAGGAUGAUGAUGAAGGAGUAGAUGAGCCUGAUGGUGCUAGGCCUUUCUUGGGCCUAAGAGGUGGGCCCUGUGGUGAUGUGACUGGUGCAGAGGCUUCAGGCAGUACCAGUGAAGAUGACAACAAUCCCCUCUCCACCUCCCUGGAAGCCAAGUAUUUCUCCCAGAGCUUCCACCAGGAAGAUUUAGAUGACGGGUGGAACCAUUGCCCAGACAACCUGGAGCUUGAGUUUCAACAAGGUACCAAUGGUGUGGUUUAUCAGAAUGAAGAUGGGCAGUGGGUGACAGACCUGGCAUAUUACUCCUCCUUUGAGAAAGUACUUGAUGGGAACACCUCAGAGAAUUUGGACCAGUUUCAAACUGAGGAGUUUGUUCCUUCUGGUGAUGCUAUGGAAAAGAUUAUGAAGGAUCAGGAGGAAUUUGAGAAGGAGCACCAGUUCAUGCAGGAGGAGAAGAUUGAACCAGUCAGCAGCAGCAACACCUUUAACAGUGACUCAUCUUGGAAGAUCCCCACUGACAGCCAGGUCCUGAUGAGGGCUUCACAGGUCUCCUCAGAGUUUAAGCAGGGAGACCAAAGCUACCUGCGACUGUCUUUGGGGCAGUUUUUUGAACAACGGUCUGAGGCCCUGGGAUGUCUGGGCAGCAUUGGUGUGGAUGCAGUUAAACGGCCAUCCUUUGGCUACAUCAUUACCUCUCCAGAGAAGAGGGAACCAUUUGCCCUAAUUCAUCCCUCAGAGUUCUCAGCUAGAGAUAACUUCCCUCACAGUGACACCAUGGAACUCAGUGAAGCAGAUACAACUCUCAACCCAGAGGACUUGGAAAAAACUCUUGAGGCACUAGAUGAAAGGACAUCACCGAAAGGUGAUACAAAUCCUGAACCAUGUAAACAGGAGGACCAUGCUGUUGGAGCUGCAUUGCCCAACCACAGUGAGGGCUCUGGCUCUGAGUCAAACUUGGUUAACCAGAGUUGUGUGUCCCCCGAAAAUAAUAGCAGCCAUCUUAUGCUGAGUAUCAGCACGAUUGCUUCAGCCAUCGCUGAUGCUUCCAUUAGCACUGACCCAUCACAGCUGGCUACCAUGAUCAUGGAGCUGUCUAAGAGGAGUAGGGCGAGGAAUCGACCUGCUGUCAACUACACAAAGGAAUCACACUCUGUUGAACAUGUCCUCCCUGAACCAUAUCAGAGUGCCUUGUUGGACACGCUACAGAGCACCACCUUUGUUGGAGAGCUAAGUGCCUUUGACAUGGAGAAAUACCUGAAAAAGACUGAUGUGUCAGACAGCAGUGAUGCCUCUGUGGCACACACCACCUUUGACCUGACCAGCUGGGCUGACAACCUCAGCAGUUCUCAAAGGAACCAUCAUCCAGAACAUCCUGACGAACAGGGGAGCUCAAUUCAGCAAGUGGAUAAUGAGACUCAGCAGAAGCCCACAAGUACAAAAACUGAAGAGAUAGACAGAAGAGGAGAGACAACAUUAAAUACUAAUUCAUCUGCACUGUCCCUUUUAAAUACAUUAUCAGCAGGUGAUAAGGCUGACUCAAAAAGAAGCUCUAUUCCUCGUCCUUGUACAUCCUUCGGCUCUGCCAGAAGGUCUGUGGGAUCAGAUCGAUCUUCUACUUUCAAGCCCCCUACGGAAAAAAUAGGAGCAUCAGAUAACUAUUCUUCUUCUGUCACCAAGUCUUGUGGUUCCUCAGAUAGGAUGCAUGCAGCAAAUGGAGUAAAGAUAGCAGAACUGAACCCACAAGCCCCAAACACCACUGGGUCUUCCUUAGAAACAUCACAAAAACGGGAUAAAAACAAUGCUGGCUUGACAAGACCUCCACCAGGGAAUGGGCAGUCAGGCCAGUCAGGCCCUCAGACACAGUCCGGUAAGAGUGCAGGCCAGCAGCAGCAGCAGGACAGACCCAGUAAUUCUCCAGAGACAAAAUCACCACCCAGGAAUAUCAUGGCUUCUCCACUACCUAAUAGCUCUGUGGAGAAACUUGUUGGCCACCCCCAGCCUUUACGAUACCCUUCAUCUGAACUGCAGAAAGGUUUUUCUGAGCCCUGUGUGGAGGAGACACAGUGCCACUUCAGACCGUCCACCUCCCCACUUACUCACUCCUCUCCAAGUCAGACCUCCAUUCAAAAUGCAGAUUGCAUGGUGUCACCAGCGUCAUCCAGUGGAGGUCUGGCAGACAGACGUCCAUGUGUUGAGCUCUCUCCUCAGUCUACCUGCUCAAGCCCCAGUCUCAGCAGGCUAACAUACAUCUCAAUGAAUGAUGGUACUGUUGUACCUACACCUGAGAGACAAAAGAAUAAUUGCACUAUGGCACUGAGUACCACCAUCAUCAGAUUUAGUCCAACCCCACCUGUGGAACCAGACGCACUGUCUAACCUCGACAUUCUUGGCCUUACCAAAAGUCUGGACCAGAUUCAACCGCAGCAUUCUAAAAGUCUGGACCCACUACCAGUACAGCAGUGUAAAAGCUCAGAGCCCUCACGCAGUGGCUCAGCUCUGAGCUGUACUCGCAGCCAGAGUGAAUGUCACUACCACUGCCCUGGGGACAGAACUGGAGAUCUUUCAGCAGGUUGCAGGAGCACCAAACACCUCUCUGACUCCAAUGUAAGACAGCUUACUAAGGUGGACUCAGGCUAUUGCAGUAAUCUCAACAUUCAGCAAGCUAACAACACUGUAGCUCCUCAGAGCUCUCAGCAGUGGGGAGGUGCUAGCUCAGUGUCAUCAUCUGUGUAUGCUGGUGGCCUUGGCCUGCCUCCAUCCUACUCAUCAGAGGGACUUCACUAUGUGCCUAUUCCCAGCUUUAAGCCCCAGUGUGGCGGCUUGAUUGACCUUCCACAGCAGGGAGAUAUGCAGUCCCUUCUCACUGGACGCUCGCUCUUCAACUCCCAGCUGGCCCAUCAGUAUUUGGCACCUGAAGCUCUAUUACAUCCUGCUUCUUAUCAUGUGGGAGCAUCAGGAAACAGUCUCUUCAGUAUGUCAUCGACAGGCAUACCCAACAGUGAUCUCACGGUGAGACACAUCCAUCCCACGUCAGGUUCUCUGGGGAUUUCUGGGGCUGCCGGGUCCCAUCAUCUCCCUCAACCACAUCAGAGCCAGCAGGAAAUGGGAAUGAUGGGAAAACCCUUCAGCCAGUAUGGUGCAGAGCCACUGAUGGCAGGCCAAGUGGUAGUACCAGAAGAGUUGCGGUUCCCUCACUCCUGCUGUGUAGGCAUCGCCUCACAGACCUCCCUCAGCCUCUUCAACCCCUCUGAGAGAUGGCAGCAAGUAUCAAUCAGAAUCACCAGCCUAGCUAUUGAUGGAGAGAAGGUGGACAGCUUGCCAUACCAGUGGCUUAUAAUGAAGAACAAGACAAUCAUUGGUCCAAAGACAACAGAGGACCAGAAGCUGAUCUUCAUACCUCCACAAGCUGGUGUCUACCAGUUUGUCCUCAGUGUUUGCUCCUGGGCUGCAUCUUCUGAGACUGAGGUUGCUGCCAGGGCCAGUAUGUUUGCUAAAAGGGUGGUGUUGGUUGCCAUAGCAGAGAAUCCUGCACUAGAGGUUGAAGUAGGCAAAUCUGGCUGUCUGGAUUUUGGAGACCUUCCAGUAGGCAGCGCCAAAUCAAUUCCCCUUACACUGAUCAACAAGACUCAUGCAACAGUGCCCAUCCGGCUGGUCAUCAGUGCAAACCCUACAGCAUGGCGAUGCUUCACUUUCUCCAAGCACCCUGUUACUAUGACAUCUGAGGCAACACAGGAGGCUGGACCCGUUACCCAGGUUUCUUCUCCUUCAGUGAUGAAUCACGUGAUGCAUGCCAGCUACGGAGAGAAUCCACAGAGCUUCACAGUCUGGGUUCACUUCAAGGCUCCACAAAAAUACACAGCUUCUUCAGGAGAGCUUGGUGUGGCAGAUGAGUACAGUGCUCGGGUGGAUAUUGAAGUGGACUCCCCUGGUCAGAGUCAUGUGAUAAGGACAAUUUCCCUCAGAGCCAGGUCUGGAACUGCAAGGGUCCAUGCUCCUAAAGACCUGCAGACUGUCAGCCUGUCUGCUCCACUGGGUAAAUCUAGUCAACAGAUGCUGCCAUUAAAGAAUGCGGGAAACAUUGACGUGCAGCUAAAACUCAAGCACAGUGAUGCUGAGGACAGUUUCUCUGUGACACCGGAUGAACUUUCACUGAGAGUAGGCGAGGAGCAAAGCAUCAUGGUCUCCUUCAAGGCGCAGGGCAGCAGGAAAUAUCGAGAAAGCCUUCUCACCAUCCUGGUGCUGCCAUCAGGUCCUCAGUAUGAGGUAUCCCUAAAAGGAGAAAUUGUCCCAGAAGACUCUGGGAAUCCUGCCAAUCCCCCUGCUGCUGUCUUUGGUGCUGGUGUGGCCAGUGACAUUCCACCAAUUCUGUCUAAUAAACAGUUCGUGGCCUGGGGAGGGGUCACUCUGGGACGAGCUAUCCAACAGAAGCUGGUUCUCCGGAACAACUCGACCAAUGCCACACAGCAGCUGCGGCUGCUCAUUCGUGGUCAAGACCAGGACUGUUUCCAGCUUCAGAGUAUGUUCAGCCCUGAGGAGCGUCUGACCCGGCAUGGGGAGCUGUCAAUUCGUCCCAGAGAGGAUGUGACUGUCCACCUACUCUUUGCUCCCACCAGGGUGGCCUGCAUGUUGGCCAAGCUGGAGAUCAAACAGUCUGGAGUCCGACCUUCACAGCCAGGGGUCAAAUUCACUAUUCCACUGUCGGGCUACGGUGGGACCAGCAACAUAAUCCUGGAAGACCAGAGGAAACAGGCUGAUGGCUAUGUAGCAAAAAUGACAGACAUCGCAGUUGGUUGCGUCAGCAAAGUUUGUUUGUGUGUGAGAAACACAGGCUCCAGAGCCGCUUUCAUCAAAGCCAUGGCCUUCUCUGAUGUACAGACACGAUUGGUUAUGGAACAGUCUGUCAUCAGCCUCGCGCCAUCACAGUUUGUACUGAAAGAAAGGACACAAGAGGUGAUCACUGUGCUUAUGAAGUCCACCCAAAGAGAACAAAACCUGUGUCAGUCUGUCAAUGCACUGCUGGCUACUGUAUGUCUGUUUUGUGGAGAUGAGGUGUCCAGGCAGCAAUAUAGGAGAUUGCUUAAGAGCAAACCGGUGGCUUCGCGGAGAGCUCUGUCUGAGAACAGUCUGCUGAAAAACAUCAACUUUAAUGAGAAGUUCCUGGGCGAAGAAGCCAUUACAGAGCCCUACGACCUGCCCCCGCGUCCCAAUGAAGCUCACAUCUUCUAUGGAAACAUGAGCAAGAUAGUAGUGUCAUUGCUGGGAAGUACAAAGAGCUCAGACUGUGAGCAGGGCAACCACACUGAAAUGCCGCUGCCCCCUGCUAGACACUGUUCAGACACAGACAGUGUUAUGCCAAAUGUCAAUGUGACUCUGGACGUGUUGCCGGUAAAAGGUCCCCAAGGUCCAGCACUGAGAGUGACAGAGGCCUCCUUAAAGGCCUCAGAGCCACACCAGCAGUCUGAGUCUUGGACCAUCCAUCCGCAACAACUUGUCCUCGCAGCUCCCACCAUCAAUGGUGAAGCCACGACUACUCAGGUUCAGAUUCGGAACAACACGUCCAGAGAGUUGAGCUUCGAUUUGUCCUGGCCUGCUCACUGCUUGACCAUCACCCCUCAGCAUGGAGUUAUCGAGCCUCAGUGCCACCUGCAGAUUUUGAUCAGUCCCAACCCUUCACUGGCAUCUAAAUCUGCCCUGCUACCAUGGAGUGGACAGAUUUACGUCCAGUGUGACAGUCAACAGAAGUUUAUUAAGGUCCAUAUCCGUCGGGACCUGGCUCUGGAUGUAUCUGCGGCUCCGGCAGACACAACUUUAUCAGCCCUGCCUCCUCAAGCUGCCACUCCUGUGCUGCCUGCCGCAAGGCUUAACAGCAAGACCUUGCUACCCCCGCAGACCCCACAGCCACCUCAAGCCCUGGUGGAGAUUAGCAACAAGACCAUCCACUUCCUCACCACUCCCUCAGGGGAAACAUCAGAGGCCCAGCUGGAGGUGCAGAAUAAGGAAUUGGAAGUGAGGUGGUACCUGUCAUCAUUUGCUCCCCCAUAUGUAAAGGGAGUUGACAACACUGGAGAUGUUUACCGGGCCACUUACACUGCUUUCAGAUGCUCCAAGGUCUCUGGCACACUGGGAGCCCAUGAGAAGAUGGAGGUGCCUAUAACAUUCCUGCCCAGGGACAGAGGGGACUAUGCCCAGUUUUGGGACUUGGAGUGCCAUCCUGUGUCUGAGCCACAGCAGAAAACCAGAAUCCGCUUCCAACUCUGUGGCACUGGAUCAAAGUGUGGACCAGUGGAAGGACCACAGGAUGGAGAAUGCUCUCUGGUGAAGACAGAGGCCACAGUCAAGAUCAGGAAGAGAGCCGAUGCCUCAGCUGGCAAAACCAGCCAGGAGGAGGCUGUGCGGAGGGGUGUGUAUUCUCCACAGGACCUCUACACCUUCCCAGCCACAAGGUUGGGUGAGUCCAGCACUCUGAAGGUCAACAUCCGCAACAACUCAUCCGACACUCAUGAGCUGAAAUUUGUAAACCCUAGGGAGCCCUUCCACAUCAAGCAUUCCAAAUAUUCCCUGAGAUCUCAGCAUUAUUUGAAGCUACCUGUCCAGUUCAAACCUAGUUCUGCUGGCAGACAGGCUGGUUUGCUGCUCAUUCAGUCAGAAACAAGUGGAAGUCUUGUUAUUCAGCUGACCGGUGAGGCAGUACCUUGAUUUCACCAUGUACCAUCCUACGCCACCUUCUCAUGAUGACGGAUUUAUGGUGGAUGCUGUUCUCUGUACUCUUCAUCAUGGGACAGAAGAGAGCAGCAGAGAGGAAAAGGCAAACUGCUAAGGAUCAAAUGGAAGCAGCGCUGUACUUAAAUCCAUCCUCAUUGUAUUCAGAGAGGUAGACUGUAGCUGAUGAAAUGGAGAUGACUGAGACUCGACUACCAACACGGCCCUUUGUGCCUCUGGAGGUGGCACAGGUGUCCUCAGCUGGCCCAUGAAAAAUGACUGUGCCUGAAGCUGAAUGAUUUGGUCUGACUGCCUCACAAUUAGUCCACCCCACUCUGGCAUUUCAAAGAGCUAAUGAUUUUUGUCACUUUACUUUGGAACUGGUAUUUGCCUCGUCCCUGAGUCAUAUCACAAGGCAGCGUUGUUGUUGCCAUGGCCUCUGUGAGACAGGACCAGUUGAGAUACCUUGAGGAUUACUUUGAGUUGGUCACACAGGAAUGUGUUUGUCUCUUGUUUGGUUGUUGGGAACAUGGCUGCAGGGAUUCUUUUUUUUAGCCAACCCGUCAAAAUCUGAAAAGGAGGCCUGCACGUAAUGUUUUUUUGUUUUUUCAAAGUAGUUUGUUAUAAACUUGUGAUUGUUGCAAGACCACAGCAUAUUUAAGGCUUCAGGGUUUUGUUUAGGUUUUUUGUUGUUGUUUUGAGGGGGGGUUUCUUUUAAAAAUAACUUUAACAAUCCUCAGAUUAGUCCGUCUUCAUUUCAUAAAAUGGUCCUAAUCUUCUGUACUGGUGUGUUUUCCAUGUAAAUUGCUUCUCAUCAUGCAGAGCCCACCUGCACAGUGGCCUUUGUCAGCACCAUGUGUUGACUGCCCAGCAACCUCCAAGACCCGUUCCAAACAGUCCAGAUGUACUUAAUUUAGUCCUGAUCAGGGCAUUAGGAUGGUUAAUGAUUGUUAUUAGAUGCUCAAAGAGUUUCCUCCGGUGGGGAUUUUGUUCGGCAGCUUGCCAGGCCUGCUUAGUAUGGUUACCAUGGCAAAACAGUCUUAAUCACUGUUCCAGUCACAGAAAAUUAGCUUCCCAUUUCCUCUUUUGGCUCUGGGGCAAAUGGCCAAUAUUGCCAGGGGGUGUUGGAUUCACAUCCAUAAUCAGCUUUGGGAGUGGAAUGGCAUAGGGAAAUGUACACAAACUUCAUCAAGGAUUUGUUUUUAAGUGAUAAGAUGCCACACAUUGUGACAACACUUUUGAAAAGAAUAACACUAGUGUGAAAAUCACUCGCCUGCUUGUAGAGCAAGCUGGAUAUACAGUAUGAUUAUAUGAAGGCAAUGCAUUGUCACAGGCUGCCCUCGACAUGCCCUGACAGCAACCCACCUGAUAUAUUUUGGUUUACAGUUUGCACAUACUUUAAAUAGUACAUAAUGUAAUAUAUUGUUGUCUGUACACAUUUUAAAUAAAGUUUUUUUGUGAUAAAUA